GCCGCGGCCCGUGGGCAGAGCUGCUCCCGGCAGACGGGCCCGGCGGGGCGCGGCGACAGCGGGGCUGCGAGGGACAGGCAGGAUGGGCAGCAGCUCGCUGUCCGAGGACUACCGCCUGUGCCUGGAGCGCGAGCUGCGGCGCGGCCGCGCGGCCGUGUGCGGGGACCCGUCGCUGCGCGCCGUGCUCUGGCACAUCCUGGUGGAGGACUUCGACCUGCACGGGGCGCUGCAGGACGACGCGCUGGCGCUGCUCACGGACGGCCUGUGGGGCCGCGCCGACCUGGCGCCCGCGCUGCGCGGCCUGGCGCGCGCCUUCGAGCUGCUGGAGCUGGCCGCCGUGCACCUGUACCUGCUGCCCUGGAGGAAGGAGUUCACCACUAUCAAGACCUUCUCCGGGGGCUACGUGCACGUGCUGAAGGGCGUGCUGUCGGACGAUCUCCUCACCAAGAGCUUCCAGAAGAUGGGCUACGUGCGCAAGGACAAGCACCGCUUCACGGUGGCCGCCCCACCCCCGGCCUGCCAGCUGGUGCAGGUGGCCCUGGGCUGCUUUGCGCUGCGGCUCGAGUGCGAGAUCCUGGGCGAGGUCCUAGCCCAGCUGGGCACGAGCGUGCUCCCAGCCCAGGAGCUGCUGGGGGCGCGCCGGGCCAGCGGGGACGUGGCCUCCUGCGUGGUCCGGCUGCAGCAGCGGCUGGCCCGCGACGAAGCGCCGCCGCCCCUGCCUCCCCGGGGCGCCCCCGCCGCCUACGGGCCCUCGCUGGAGCUGUACCGCACCCUGCAGGGCGAGGGCCCCGAGGCCGCCGGCCUGUACGCGGCGCCGUUCUGGGAGCAGAGCGCCCAAGUGUGGGGCGCCGGGGGCCCGGCCGGGGAGGUCCCCGGCACCGACCCGCCACGGGCCGAUAGCCCGCCCUAUGGCGCCUUGGAGGAGGAGCUGGCGCCCGAGCUCGAGCCCGCGCCCUUCUCCUUCGUGUCGCUGCGCCGGGAGCUGAGUCCUCCCGGGGCGCUAGCCGCGCCCGAAGCCCCCGGGAGUCCCGCGCGGGCCAGCCCCCGGCGCCUGCGGGGAGACGGGCCCCCGCCCGCAGGGUACCGCGCGCACAGCUGCCUGCCCGCCGGCGCCCUGCCCGCCCUGCGCUGCGCCACCUGCCGCCAGCUGCACGCCGCCCACUGCGCCGCCCUGCCCGCCUGCCGCCGCGGCCACGCGCUGCACCCGCUCGGCGGCGAGCCCCAGCGGCGCCUCUGGCUGCAGCGCUCGCAGGUGGACGCGCUGCUCGUGGACGGCGGCCCGCGCGCCAGGCCCUAGACCCGGCAGCAGCUGCUGUGGCGCCUCCCGGCGGCCGGCCCGGCCCCCGCGCGGAUGGGGCAGGAGGGGCGGAGACUCCUGCCCCUGCCGGAAGCCAGGCCUCCUCCCGGGCGCGCCGCCCUAAGUCCUCAGUGCCCGGAUCCCGCCUGAGGGUGGCAGUGAGAGGGCCAUCCUGCGAGCACAUCCAGGCCAAAUCUGUCCCUGCAAAGGCCCCUUCCCACCUCAGGACCCCAGUGGCCCCGUCCUGGGCACCUGCCAUCCCCACAGUCCGCUGUCAGUGCCCUGCCUCUCUCCAAGCACCCGAGCGGUGGGCUCCAACACCAGGCACCUCAGAGGCCUGCAGCCCACAUUAGCCCUGGGGCUCCGAUGGGGCCGGUGGAGAGGGCUCUGCCAUGCCUGGCUGACCCGGCAGGGAGCCCCAGCCCCUCUCUUGGGCAUCAGAGGCGCUGUGUGAGCUGCAGGUCCAGUUCCAGGCACCUGUAUCCCAGGUCAUAGCCAGGUGGGGGGUGACCAGUGACCAUAACCCCAGCUGCCUCCUUUCCACAGCACAGGGCCAGCAAGGCCAGCCCCCACUGCUGCCCUUGUCCCCCUCUGGGCCUUGUGGGCUCUGGGAGGCAGGAGAAGGGGGUCUUCCCCAGCCCAGAGACUCAAAGACCCCAAAGCCCAGGGCGUCGGGGCAGGAGAGAGGCGGGGCCUCCCGCCCACCUGCUGCCGGAAGUGGAGUCCAGGCAGGCCCUGCUCCCCAGGGGCAGGCAGCCGCUCCAGGGCUGCUCCCUGAAAAAUAGCUUCCACAAGCAGGGAGGGGCGGCCUCUAUACCAGCACCCCACUCAGCUGUGCCUGCUGCUGUUGUCCAACACCCCCCGCCACCCCACAAAUGGGUCAUGGGUCUGGACCUCAAAGACACAUUAAACAACAGUGAAACUG